UACCCCUGUAAAAUAGUCUUGUUAUCCAGAAAAACAAAGUGAAAGCAGGAGCAAUGGCUCUCCUCAUCUUCAGCACUACAACUUCAUCUGUUCUUCUCUCCUAUCAUUCUUCACUACCUUCUGCAUUCCCAGGCAAUUUAGCCUCCAGGUUCUGCAACAAUCACGUUACCCUGGCAACAAAGUCAUUUGCCAAUGGUAAUAUUCAAGCACCUCUUAUCUCCAAAAAGAGAGGCGCUUUGAUCGCCAAGGCGGCCGCGGACAUUGAUAGUGUCGGUUCUGAUAAUCCCGAGCCUUCACCAGAGAAAAAUGAGGAAAGUGUGCCUGUUGAGAAUCUCCCUCUGGAAUCUAAGCUUCAGCAAAUGGCUGAACAGAAGAUGAAAAUGAAGUUGGCAAAGAAGAUUAGACUACGGAGGAAGAGACUCGUUAGGAAGCGCCACCUAAGGAAGAAAGGGCGAUGGCCACCUUCAAAAAUGAAGAAGAACAAGAAUGUCUAGGCUUAACCUUGAAAUGUCUUGCAAGUUUAUCUGCUUUCUUGUAUUCCUUCAAUUUUGAAAUACUUUCAAAUUUUGAAGUACUUUAACCUUUGAGAUCAUUUUCUUCAAUCUGUAUCUGAAACUUUAAUGAAUUAAUUAGAUUUUUUCCCAA